GACAGGCUAAUCUAGAAGCAUGGGGCGGAAGGCUGGAGGCUUGUACAUAAAUCCCAAAAAAUUUGGUGCAGUUGGGAAACCUUGCAUGAAGGAGAUGGUUGCAUUCCUCAAUUGUUUAUCCCUUAACAAAAACAAUGACGACAAUUGUGGUCGGCAAAAAGAACUAUUGGCUGUUUGUGUGGAAUCUCAG